AGCAACACAUCAAACUACAUACACACUUACUUUCCUCUUUACUAUAGGCCUCGAGCUGAGACAUGUCUACUCCAGUAAUCCCUGAGCUCAUUCUUCAAUCCUCUUCCGGCCAACGGAGGAUGCCGGUGAUAGGUCUCGGCACCGCGCCAGAGGCUGCGAGCAAAGUAAGCACAAAAGACGCAGUGGUUGAGGCCAUCAAGCAAGGAUACCGGCAUUUUGAUGCAGCUGCAGCAUAUGGGGUUGAACAAUCAGUUGGUGAAGCCAUAAAAGAAGCACUUCAACUUGGACUUAUCAAGUCCAGAGAUGAACUCUUCAUAACUUCCAAACUCUGGGUCACUGACAAUCAUCCUCACCUUAUUGUUCCUGCUCUCAGAAAAUCACUUAGCACGCUUCAACUAGAAUACUUGGACCUGUUUCUGAUCCACUGGCCCGUAAGUGCGAAACCAGGGAAGGUUACAUAUCCCAUUGAACAAUCAGAACUGGUGCCGUUUGACAUGAAGGGUGUGUGGGCAGCCAUGGAAGAAUGCCAGAAACUUGGCUUAACCAAAGCUAUUGGGGUCAGUAACUUCUCUUGCAAGAAGCUUCAGAACUUGCUCUCUUUUGCUACCAUCCCUCCAGCAGUCAAUCAGGUGGAGAUGAACCUUGCUUGGCAACAAAAGAAGCUCAGAGACUUGUGUAAGGCAAAUGGAAUUGCCUUAACUGCAUUCUCUCCAUUGAGGAAAGGAGUGAGUAGGGGAGCUAACAUAGUUCUUGACAACGACGUCGUCAAAGAGAUUGCAGAUGCUCACGGCAAGACUAUUGCUCAGGUUUGUCUUAGAUGGAUAUACGAGCAAGGAGUGAGCUUUGUGGUUAAGAGCUAUGACAAAGAGAGGAUGAAGCAAAACUUGCAGAUCUUCGAUUGGUCACUGACAGAAGAUGAUUACAGGAAAAUCAGUGAAAUCACUCAAGAAAGACUCAUCAAAGGACCAACCAAGCCUCUUCUUGAUGAUCUUUGGGAUGAUGAGCAGUAACUAGCUAGGAUGGAUGAUUUAUAUGUUAUAAUAAUAGUAUACUUUAAAUUGUGAACAGACUUUAUGUGCCGUAUAGUUUGUGGUGGUAAAAUGGUCUACAAUUAAUAAUUUUGGCAGUGCCACUGCUCCGGUUAUAGGUUUCUUGUUGAUGUCAAAGAAAUAAUGUAAUAUUCUACAUGCGUUAAAUAAAGCUUGAGUUCAUAUAUAAAUAUGCAUGUUUUGGUUGAAAAA